CCACGCUCCAGAGCUCAGCCUUCAGCUCCCCGGAUCCUCCCCAAAUUCUCUUGAGCUACAGGGGGCUAUGGAUGGACUGCGUUUACCUCCACUCAUCGAGGAGGCUUUGGACUCUACAGAUGACCCUUGCGAUCUGAAAGCAGACAGCAGCCCCAUCAUGGACAACGAGAUGACAACAAAGGAGAGAGGCGUCCUGGAAGAGAACAACGAGAAGGAGGAGAUGGACCAGGAGAGAGCUCAAGAGGAAGAGGAGGAGGAGGGGGAAGAGAAGAAGCUGAAGGAAGAAGGCGGUGAGGGGGAGGAGAAGAGGAAGAAGGAGCAGGAGCCGCUGACAGAGGAGCAGGAGCUGGAGGAGCUGAGGGCCCAGGUGCUGCAGCUGCUGCUGGAGCUGGAUGAUGCCAGAGAGACCUCCAACAAACACCAGGAGAGUUUCCACGAGCUGCAAGGUCUGUUGGAGGAUGAGCGUCUGGCCAGUGCCCAUCAGGCCGAAGCUUUCACACGCCAGAUCCAGAAUAUACAAGCCCAGCUGCGCUCUGUGCAGGAGGAGAUGGACAGCCUGGAGGAGGAGAAGGAGAGCGAGCUGGCCGAGGCCCAAGAGGAGCUGCGUGCCGCUCAGGAGGAGGUGAUCCUGCUCCAACAGGCGGCUGAGGAGGCAGCAGCAGAGAGGGAGAAUGACAUUGCCUCCCUGCAGGAGGAGCUGUGUCGCCGGCGGGCUGAGCUGCAGCGCCUCAGCGAGGAGACGCAGGAGUACGAGCUGGAGAUCACCACGCUGAGGGCUGAGAUCAGCAUGAAGAGCCAGCGCAGGGAGGCCGAGAGGAGAGAGGGUGACGUUGACCUGCUGAAGGAGGAGUGCCGUAUGCUGAAGGAGGAGUGUCAGACCCUGAAGGAGGACAACAGACGUCUCUCUGAGAGGCUGCAGCUGCUUCAGAGACAGAGGACAUGCUCCAGCGUCUACCUGUCACUGAAAGAAGAAGAUGUGGGGGAAGGCACAGAGGGGAAGGACAUGGAGACUGGCCCAGAUGAGGUCAUGACAGAGAGCUACAUGACCAUGGCCAAGUCUGAGAAUUGUCGCCUAGUGGAUGCCUCCAUCCAGAAGAAUAUUUCAUUUGAUGGGAAACCUAUGACACCAACCGGCUGGAAUGGAGGCGUUGGGGAGAUCUUUUCCCUCAGGGAUCAGCUCAAACAGGCGGAGGAGAAGGCCUCACAGGUUCAGAGAGAGUGUGAUGGUCUGAAGAUGGAGCUGCAGGAGUUGCAGGUACUGUAUGACAGCAGUCAGAGGGAGAGAGCAGAGCUGGAGGAGGAGCUGCAGCGCUGCAAGGCAGAGCUGGAGAAGCUGGCUGGGGGGGCUCAGAGAUUCAUCCAUCCGUCUGAGCACCCUGUUCUCUCCAUCCCCUUCAUAGGAAUGAUUGUAAUAGUGGCUGUGGUCUGGUGCUGGUUGUCGGAGCUGGCGUCCCAGAGAGUAAGAGGAGUGAGAUAGGUUGGAACUCCAUUUUGACUGUCACUGCAGCCACAGCAGUGCUACUAAUGAUGACUAGCUUGUUGAGAGCUCUCGUCCGAUGCUGAUUGGAUGGGCAACAACUGCCCAGGGACAGACGUCUGCUUCAGACCAGCCCUUGUUCUCUCUCCUGCCAUGUCCAUAGACUGAACUGGAAUUCUCUAAAUGUGAUAAAGCUGACAGCUGUGUUGUAGAAGAUGUAUGGAGAAAAAGAAAAAGUCUCUUUUGAGAAGGUACUACAUGCACACAGACUGAGAAUGAUGCAUUCAGUCUCAUUUUAGACUGAAGAGCUGCAGAGCCCCCCACGAGGACUGAUCUCACUCCACUAAAUGUAUUCUAGUGCUGUCAUUCCUCCUCUGUGUCUGUAUUAUUUCUCUCUCUCUUUCAGCUAACAAUGUGAUAAAAUGAAGGUUUUAGUUAUUAAUGUGCACAAAAUGUUUUCAAUUUAUUUAACCAUUAUUUAUUUAUUUGUUUGUUUGUUUAAAUAUUCUUCAGAUUUGUCUCUAAUAAUGACAAAGACAGAGUCUGCAUUUAAUGCACUGAAAUCCCUGAAAUGUAGAUAAUUAUGCCCGUAUUACACUUGCAGAAAGAGCAGUUUGUGUUUUUUGUUCACAAGUUGUUAAUUGUUACUCGCCCUCCAAAUAUUAACACUGUUAAUCUGCUCUUCUCGAUUGUAGAAUAUCAGUUCUUUCUAUCUCAAACACCGCCUAAAAGGAGCACAGGUAUGGCUAAUUAAGCACCCGUCCGUCCAAGUUCAGUGUCUAAGGAUAAAGUUAAACACAGCAUCUCCCACAGUGUCUCUACAGUUAUAUGCUUUACUCCAGGCUCUGUCACUUCCGCCUGCCUCUCCCCAUUGUCUUGUCUGACUCUGAAAUCAGACAACUCCCAGUUUCCCCCUUUAAUCAUCAGUUAACGAACAUGCCAGAAAGUCGAUGUUGUAUUUCUGAUUCAUCUCGCCUGCCCACAGUUCACUUUGAAACCUUACACCCACAGCUGCAUUGUUACAGUAUGGUAGUUAUGUUAUGUGCUAGUAAAGAUAUCUCAGCAACUUUGGGAGCAAAUUCUGGGAUGAAUUGAGCUUUGUAAUUGUGUGGCACCAAAAAUUUAACAGCUACUCUUACUUUCUACUCUGAUAUUUCUGUUCAGCCUUAUUUAAAUGGCUGUGUAUAAUCAUUAAAAAUUAUGGUGAUUACAGGUUGAUCCAGGUACAUAAUGUGAGAAUGUUGACUGUCAGCAUUCAUUUGUUUACUGGCAGCACACUAGACGUAAAAAACAAUAAAGGCUGCUUAUGGCGUCACUAGUUUAAACCUUUAAUGCAGCUGAAGUUAGUAAUCAGAGUUAGUUGUCUGAUGAGGGCAUUUUAGACAUUGAUAAUGUUACAAAACAUGUAAAUAGGAGGGUGUCGCAAAUUAAUUUGUCUAAGCAUCAGUUACAAAACAUAGAUAUGUAUAUGUGGAAGGACUCUGAUUAUUGUUUACAUUUGUGAAAUGAUUUUUUUGUGAAAAUAUUUUAGAACUGAAAAAGCAUGCUAAAAACAUAUAGAAGCACAAUAUAUAAUUUAUGUUAUGUUAUACUGAUUCUGUUACUUUGUAUUUCAUGUAAAUAGAUGUGACAUAUAGUACUAUGGGAGAGAUAUUUCUUAAAUCCAUUUGUACUAGCUUUGUAGAAAGUUUAUUCUAUUUUGAGAGAGCAUCGUAUAUUUGAUAGCCAAAUUAUAUGCUAUAUGUAAAUGUUUAUUUAUGGUGACGUUAUUCAGAAGAACUGCGAGCAUUGCUAAUCACUUUCAGUACCUCUAUGUUCAAAGGUGGUGUAGUCAUUGCAUGUGUUUAGAUUGCAUUUGACCUUAAUUGCCAGAACGAGCAAUAUGACUUUGGGUUUUGACAUUCACAUAAAUUUCAGAACUGUAAUGACAUCUUUUCUGAUUAUCAACAUUUGCCAUUAAACAGAACCUUGAUAAGCAAUGUCUGACCAAUGUUAUUUCUACAUAUGAACAUAACUUACUAAGGAAACAAUGUGCCGUUGGACUACAAAUUUUGUCACUGUCUACUUAAAAUGAUCAGUUUGCUAUACCAAUUUAAUUCCCGUUGACUGCAACAGCACAUAUGAAUGUUGUCUAAUUCAGGAAUUUAUUUAUCAUUAUUUCUGAGCUUAUUUCAAGAAUAGUAACUUGAUUGUAAUCUCAUAAGCUUCUAUAUUGCACUGUGUUCUCAGCCUGCUGCUUUACAUAUUGAUAUCAUUGUUGUUUUCAGCAUAGUUGUGGCUAUUUUGUUACCUGGAGGUCUAUUUUGUACUGUAAAUGAAUUGAGAAAAUAAAUAUACCC